AUGUGGAGAGAACUGAACAGCCACUGCUUUAUCGAUCUGAAACAGACUCUUUUUAGCGGGCAGAUAUUUCACUUUGAACAUGCAAAUAACACUCUUUUCCUUGGAAAUGUUCACAACUGUCUUGCAAUUCUCGCACAGUACAACAGAAAAGUGUAUUUUGUUGAGACAUGUGACCAGAUUGAACAAGCCUUGGAAAAGUUCUUCAACUUAGAUGUUCAGCUGCCCAGCAGCCUUAAGGAAGACGGACUCAGGUUUCUUACAAACGACAUUAAUUCCGCAAUAUUUUCUUUUAUUUGCAGUUCAAACAAUAAUAUAAAGCGAAUCAGCAAAAUGGUCAAGUUUAUAUAUUCUUUGGGGACGCCCUUUGAGGUAGAGGCCAUGCUUUCCAGAUACAAGCAGAGUGGCACUAUAAAUGGGAGCCACGUUUGCAGUGUUCUGCCGGGAAUAGAUGAAAUCUCUGACGCUUUCAGAGCAUUAAAGGUUUUUAAGUUUCCUGACUUGAAGACCAUUGAGAAAAGUUUAUUAAAUUUGCAGGAACAAAGGUUUGGGUAUAGAUCUACAUUUAUUAUCGACGCCGCACGGUUUUUACAAGAUAACAAUGUUAACUGGUCUGCAAUUUCAUUCGAAUCUGCAAGAAGCAUACUAAUGAACAUAAAGGGAGUGGGACGAAAAGUGGCUGACUGCAUAUGCUUGACCUCGUUGAGGUUUUUUCAUGUGGUUCCUCUUGACACCCACAUAAUCAGAUACUCCAUAAAGGAGUUUAAUCUGAAGCAUAAAACAUUAACAGAUAAGAUGUACUCAGGAAUCCAAAGGAUGUGGACAGAAAAGUACGGCGAAUAUGCAGGAAUUCAGCAGUUGUAUGUGUUCAAAACGCAGUGUGGAUUCGCAAUUAGGCCAAGCUAG